AUGUUUGAUCUGGGCGUGCGCAAGGACUGGGAGAACAGCCCAGAGGCCUUCGUUGCGGGGAUCAAGGACAGCGGUGGCUGCAUCAGCGUCGACAAGGACGUCGCCACCCUUCUGCGCGAACGUGGACAAGACCUGGGAGAGAUCGGGGCCAUCAUCUGGUCUCACUGGCACUUCGACCACGCCGGCGACCCCCAAACGUUUCCUACCGCGACAGACCUGAUUGUUGGCCCCGGCUUCAAGGCCAAUAUCAUGCCUGGGUUCCGCGCCCUCUAUGAGAAGGUCUGCGUCGGUAACAAGGGAGAAGACGCCCAGAGUACAUUCUUCGAGGUCAUGCUUCUGGAAGAGGGUUUCGGUCGUGGUCAGCCAUGGCAUGGCAGAUCCAGAUGGAGCCACCCCGACUACGUUCGCAAAUCCGCACACCGCAAAACGCUGUUUGACAUUAUGACAGGCUUCAUCCCGAUCGAAAACGUCAAGUUCGAUAAGCGCCUGACCCAUGUCGAGCAGCGGCCGGCCGGUGUCACCCUCACGUUUUCCGACGGCACGACCGCCGAGGCUGCUAUACUUGCCGGGGCUGAUGGUAUCAGGAGCACGACCAGAGAGCAUAUCCUGAAGGAUCUAUACCCGAGCCAAGUCGCGCCUGUGUAUGCAGGUGCUUACUGCUAUCGAGCCGUCAUCCCCAUGCCCGAAGCCUACGAGAUCCUCGGCGAUCUCACAGAUGUCGCCAAGCUCUAUUUCGGACCCAAGCGUGGCGUGGCGUCUAUUGUUCGACAGGAAUUCAACUACCUCCUAUGCGUUGCUGAUUCCGACGAGGGGUGGAAACUAAAGGACGCCGUCACCGAGCGGACCACACAUGAAGCCAUGAUGGCCGAUUUCGAGGACCCAGGCAUCGACGAGAGCUUUCGAAAACUUCUGCAGAGGGCGAAGCCGGUGAAAUGGGGCCUCUUCCACCAUCUUCACACGGCGACAUACUUUCGCGAUCGCGUGGUUCUAAUACAAUGGGUGUCUUAUCCACCAGAAACAUCCCAAGGAGACUGA